AUGCAACAGUUUAACUCAAACGCCGAUUUAUCAGCAGUGUCAGACAUCAUCGGUGCCAUGGAUUACAUUUUAGAUGAUGUCUCAAGCCAAACAGGUGUUGGCUAUCGCCACCGACAACUUGUCGAAGAUGCCAGGGUUGUGCAGUCUAGCAAUCCACAUGGUGUAUUUUCAUCGGCUAUUUGGCGCUUGCCCACGGAAAUCCUCACUGAAAUUUUCCUGUACUGCAUGCCAGAAUACGAAAGCCGUACGCCCUCGCAACAUCUGGCCCCCGUGCUAUUGACAAGAGUAUGUAAACGAUGGCGGGACAUUGCUCUGGACAUGCCGAAUCUAUGGUGCAGACUGCGAUUGGAAGUCGGACCCAGUAACUGGCAACAGAGCGCUUUCUGCUAUAACUUCUACCUCAAGCGAUCGCGAGGACUUAAGCUGUCGUUGGCACUCGACUGUCAUAACAAUGGCUGGAUGGAGCUACAAAGCCUGCUCCAGUGUGUUAUGUCUUUCUCCGGUGCCGACUCCUUGGCGAUAGCAGACUUUCACGGACUUUCGGAGCUGGUUAUAUACACGGGCGGUACUGUUCCUCUAAAACCUUUUAUGCGCUCUAUCGUGCAAUUGCCGCCCAGCAUGCGUAGUCUCAAGCUGGUGGACAUGUGGUGUCACCUUGAGGUAUUACCUGGCGUCGAAUCUCUCGGAUGGGCCAGUCUCACAAAUCUUGAGAUCGUGGUAAAUGGCCUAGAUUGCUUCGUCCACUUGCUCCAACUGUGUCCCAACCUAUCGUCUUUGACGAUGAAUGCAAUAUUCACGACGAUUGAGACCACGAAAGCAUUCGUGCACCCCAGACUUCAAUACUUGGGCAUAUCCGGGCAUUCGUUUUUGAACUCGACCCUAGUAGAUCUUGGGCUAUUCAAUGCCGUCACGCUCCCCAAUUUACGCGGAAUCGAAGUUCGGCAUAUGUGCCAAUGGCCUCACGAAGAAUUCAAGGCGUUUCUGACACGGUCACAGUGUCCUCUGGAGAUCUUGAUCUUUGGCGAUGGAGUGAUGGUCACGAAUCAACAGUUGGCAGAAUAUGUUGAGCUUUUUCCUUCCCUUCACUUAGUGACAGAUACUACGCGUUCUGGAUAUCUCUACACUUAA